GCUGACCCGAUGCCCGAGGGCAGCGCGGGGGGCUUUGCGGGGAGCAGUGGUACCGCAGGCUGGAGGAGAUGGAGGGGGCGUCACACACACUUAUACUGUGGUGGCUAAAUGGCGCACAGCGUAGCUGCUGUUUGUGGGCAGGAGAGACGUCUCCCCACAGGAGCGGGAGCGGCUUUGUCGGCAGGAGAGCGCUGUUGACACUGGCACUUUUCAUCGAUAAAACUUUUGUCCUUUGGGAGUGUUCUUCUGAUCUUGCUGCCAGGGAUCCCCCUCCCGCGCUGCCCCCACUCCCCGACUCACUCUGCCCUCAUUGGCUCGGGGCUGGCAGCUGCGGGCACAGAGCUGAGCAGAGACAGACAAAGAGAGAAGUUGGCGGUCUGAGCGGCGUGUGGCCUGAAAGUGCCUGGGGAUCCUGGGCCCCUCGUCCCGCUGCCUGACGCCCACCAGAGCCCGGAUCCCCCUUCCCCUGCCGGGAUGCUGCUCCCUCUGCUGCUCCUCCCCUGGGCAUGGGGGGCCCUGGCCGCCUCCCCUCCUGUCCCCACAGCGUCUGUCACCCUCCGGGUGCUCCACAUCGAUGUCUUCCACAACGCCAGCUCCACGGACAUGCAGGGGAUGGCCCUGCUGGGCGACCUGGAGACCCACUCCAUGGACUGCAGCACCUGCGAGAUCCGCUUCCUGCAGCCCUGGGCCCAGCAGGGCCUGACCCCGAAGCAGUGGCAGGACCUGGAGCUGGUGAUCCAUCGCUCCCUGUUCAGCUUCAGCCGGACUGUGAACACAAUAGCCCAGCACCACGGAGGGGGCUGUGAGUAUGGAGCGGUCUGAGGGGAUCCCUCCCCCCACCCACCCGGGGUGCUGAGAACUGACACACUCACCACAGCCACUGAGUGUGUCAUUGGGGGCAAGACAGCCAGUCCCUGGCCCUUUGGCUGAUUGGAGCCGGCGUCCCCCAGAGGGAAACACCCGUGUCCCAUUCUCCACCCCAGAGUCAGCCAGCCAGGUUUGGGGCCAGACUGUAGCCUGAACUUCCUAGAGGGGAAAGGCCCCACGUCCCACUCCCUGAGGCGAGGGACCUGGUCUUUCCUGACACGUACCCUGAGCCUUUGAAAACAGGUCAUUUGUGGGGGGGUCUGUAUCUUGGGAACCCUGUGACCAAGUGUGACAAUGCGGUUCUGGCGGAACCCA